UGUGGACUCACACCCACACUCAGAAAGGGAGGUAUUUGUGGCACAAACAGCGUGAUCUCUGGUGAAAGAGUUGGGGGAGAUGUUAAUAUGCAGUUCUUCUUCUACAUCGAGAACAUUUUGUUUGUUCAUGGUGAAGCUGAGGCAGAUCUGAGAAAAAUAUAUUCACCACAUGAAUAA